AUGUCUUUGUCCGUGGAAGAGCUAGAGGCCACCUUCUCAUUGGCUACCAAUGCUAUCCAUAUGGAUGAUCGCUAUGCCGGGCCUGAUGUUGCGCCAGCAAUGCACCCAAGCACCACUUUCCGAUACCCCCAUGAUCCUGAAAAGCUUGAACCCCAACGAACUCUAUCCAAAACCGACAUGGUCUAUGCCCGACUUGCCCGCCCUACCGGAUCUCGACUCGAGCUUGUCCUAACAAAACUCCUGAGGGGAGACGCUCUGGUCUAUGCAACUGGGCUCUCUGCCAUACAUGCCUAUCUCGUACGACUUGGGCCCAAAAGAGUCGCAAUCGGUGGAGGCUAUCAUGGGACUCAUGCUGUUCUCGACAUACAUCAUCGCCUGACCGGUCUUGUCAAGGUGGGCUUGGAUGAAUUGGAUCAGCUCGAGCCCGGAGACGUUGUUCACCUCGAAACCCCUUUGAACCCGACCGGCGAGGCGCGGAACAUCUCCGCCUACUCUCAAAUCGCUAAAGAGAAAGGUCUUUAUCUGGUAGUUGACUCCACGUUUGGGCCACCAGCUUUGCAAGACCCAUUCGUAUGGGGUGCCGAUAUUGUCAUUCACAGUGGCACCAAGUUCAUUGGUGGUCAUAGUGACAUCAUGUGUGGCAUAUUAACUGUGAAGCGAGAAGAUCUCUUUAUGGGCCUUUGGGAGGAUCGUUGUGCGCUGGGGAACCUUCUCGGCGGCUUCGAGUCGUGGCUUGGCCUCCGAAGCUUGCGGACUUUGGAUGUGCGCUGUCGAACCCAAAGUAACAAUUGCACUGCCAUUGUCACCUGGAUGACCGAAAAGAUCAAAGACAACAAGCCGAAUGAGGUAAAUUCGACUGUGGAAAACAUUACACAUGCCAGUCUUCAAAGCUCCGAUAUGGAGUGGCUAACAAAGCAAAUGCCGAAUGGAUUCGGCCCUGUUUUUAGCCUGACUAUGAAAACGGAGAAGUAUGCUCAGUGGCUUCCGAGCAAACUCCGUAUAUUCCAACAUGCAACCAGCCUUGGUGGCGUGGAAAGCUUGAUUGAAUGGAGAAAGAUGUCGGAUCAUUCAGCGCCGGGUGACAUUCUGCGAAUCAGCGUGGGUAUUGAAUCACUAGAGGAUCUUCAAAAAGACCUAUCAAAUGGGUUUAAAGCGCUGUUAGAAGGUUGA